AUGUCAAAUCAAACUACGGGACUUCUAGAAUCAGCACAAGAAUUAUUAGAAAUUUCCGGAACUUUAAUCAUGUUAGGCGACAGAGCUGACUAUCAUCAAGUUGUGUGCAAGUCGCUAACCGACAUUGUUAAGCAGUGGCAGAGAAAAUUAUUAGCGAGCGUUCUAAAUCAGAAAAAUGACGAAGCGAUAGCGAACUACAUAAGAGUAUUGCGAGAGGUUACUGAAUAUGUAAAAGAAGUUAGAAAGCCUGGUAGUUUCAGUCAUACAGCCCUGGCUAAUCUGAGCAGGACAGUCAAAUCUAAUAAUGCAUGUAUCACAUCCGUCUUCUUGCAAUAUCACAAAGAUUUAGUCAAGAAAAUAGAAAAAGCAAUAAUUCAUUUCAUUGGUUCAGAUAAAGUAAUGAACGAAACCUCGAAUAAUGUCAAUUCACACAAAGACAUCGAUACCCUAAUUUUAAUGAUGUUCCUUACAAAAGGCGUUAAAAUCCAAGAUAUUAGUAUUGAGGUCAUCAAUGUAAAUCCUUCAUAUUUCGAGGAUUUAGAAACUGUUCCAGUGACCGAAAUAUCAAAAAGAUUUGACUGGGUCAAAUAUGCAAUAGAAAUAUCAAAGUUUAAUGAUAAUUCUAACGUAUCGGUAGAGAUAAAGCAGAAGGUUUUUGAAGAACUAAAAAAGAAAAAAGAAUUGUUUACCGGUUUAGAAUGUUAUUUUGAUGUAAAAGCUAAAAUUUAUCGAGAAAAACGUCCUACGGUUCCAAAUGACUUAAAUUCAGAUUACAAACUUAUAAUGGAAUCUUGUUGGUACCAAAAUCCUCGUGUUCGACCUAGCAUAGAAGUAGUUCAUCGCGAACUUGAGGGUUUGCUGAAAACACAGAGUACAAAAACACCUGCAAUAAUAAUGGACGAAGCGUAUAAAUCAUAUGAUGAAACUUCAUUAUCAGGCUUUAUAUCUGUUCGACAAUAG